AUGACCAAGUUCUUCAUCAGACGUACCAUCAGCGAUCCGCCGUCCCCAGCCAAAGACCUGUCGAUUCUGGAAAAAUGUAUUGGCAAGGUCAGUAUGAGGUUACUCCGUAAUUACUGUGGUUGACGCAAAAAGGGUGACAUUUUUUAAAAGACUAUGUUUUAGAAUAAGAAAUGCAUAAAUUUCUUCUUUUUUUAAUAACGAUUUUAUGUUGUUUUAGUUCUAUUCUGUGUUGACAUAUCUGAUAUUCUUGAUGUUCUUCAUCCUGGCAGUGGUUAGUAUCUUUAAGAAGCCAAUCAAUACUGGCUUUCUUCAAUUUGACAGUCUUAACAAACAUGACCCGAACUACUACAGCUACAAAAGUGUCAUUACUCUGUCUACCGUAUUCUUCGCAGCUAUUGCCGGAGGGUUUGUGGCAAAGAUAUUACGAUUGCCAUUACUCUUUGGUAAGGUUUUAAAGUCGUAUUAUCUUAUUAUUUACUUUUUGUAACAAACGAAUAUCUUUAGCGUAGUAAACACUUAAAGUACAGUAAUAAUAAUAACGUGCAGUAAAUACCUUUGUCUUACAGGAAUGUUGAUAAGUGGUUUGAUACUGAGAAACUUUGCUUUUUGGAAAUACUCAUUGUUUGUGCAUCCGAGUUUGAGUAACUUUGUACGAAAGUUUGGAUUCAUGGUGGUACUGUUGCGAGCCGGUCUUGCUGUAGAUAUUGGAGCAUUAAAGAGGUUUAAGGUAGGUUAAUUUUAUUUUUACAGUAUCUAAUUAGAGAUAGACAACUGUACUUAUUAAAGCGACUGUGUUUAAACGUAUUAGAGGUCCAUGUUAUCAAAUCGAUAUUAAAAGGUCCGAUGAUAUUAUAUUCUGAAACUGUAGAUGUUGAGAGUAACAUAAAUAUUUCAGUGGACUGCCAUUUGGCUAGCCAUAGUUCCCAGCACUGUGGAAGCCAUCUUCGUCAUGCUACUCGGGUACCCCUGGCUUGAUUUAGCCCCAGUAUUCUCCUUUCUACUUGGCUAG